UUAUCGGGACGGUCGCUUUGUUUACAUUGUGGUGGUGUUACAUCACGUGUGUAGGUGUGGUGUGUGUGUGUGUGUGUGUGUGUGUGUUGCGGGUGCUUAUGUGUGGCAGUGUUGGGUAGGACUGGGUUGUGCUGGCGUCUCAUACUACUACUGGCCCUGAAGUAGAUGUGGGUGGUAUUAAGGACGUAGGAGUCUUAUUGGCGGGAUGAAAUUAUUGAUGGUGGAAUGGUUGUACUAGUUUGUGUUUAUCGGUCUUACGCAAUUGGAUGUGGAUGAAGUGGAAUCCGUUCUAACUUUACCUGACCUUACCUAGCCGACUGUAAACUGUUAUAAGCCACUCUUAUUCGAGAAAACUAAAUCAGUACUCCUUUCUAACUUAUUCGACAAAGACCUGUAUGAACGUGAUCCAAUCUCUGCCCUAACUAUAUCCACGUAACUCAGUGUGUGUCUGUGUGUGUAUGUGUGUUCGUUCGUCCAUCAUGAGGGUGUUAGUUAGAGGUGUGUGGUCACCAUUCCGAGUCUUUCACAAGCUUAAGCCAAGACUCAUGUCCACACUCACCCCAGAGGAACCUGCCCCUGCAGCACCCAACAAAGGGGCGGCAGGGCAGGGCAAGCAUCUCAUCAUCACUGCAGAACAGACCCGUCAGUCUCUAGUGGCGGCGGCAACUGUCACGAGAGUCUGGCAGGCGUCCCCCAGUGUGAGGUGUUUGACCCUGGCUGUGCAUGACCCCAGGGUGUCCUUCAAAGGGGGACAGUGGGUGGACCUCUUCAUUCCUGGGCUGGAGGUAGUGGGUGGGUUCUCCAUGUGCUCAGCCCCCCACCAGCUGGCCCGGGGAACACUGGAUCUGGGGGUGAAGUACUCCAAAUGGCCGCCUGCUCUGUGGGUGCAUGAGGAGUGCAAGGUGGGGUCAGAGGUCCAUAUUCGAGUUGGGGGUGACUUCCACUACCCACCAUCACCCCCACCACAGAAGGAGGGGGCCAGAGGGAUCAAUCUACCUCCCUACCCCUUGCUACUAGUCGGGGGUGGGGUAGGGGUGAAUCCGCUGGCCUCCAUGUUGUUCCAGAUUCACUCCCUUCACCGGCUGGGGGUCGCAGCUGGGGCACUGUUGUAUUCUGUAAGGACAUAUGAAGAUAUUUUGUAUAAGGAGGAGCUGAACCGAGUGGCUGCAGAGAUGAGUAACUUCAGUGUGAGAUAUUUCACCACGAGAGAACCACCACCAAGCUCAUCCCUAGCUACCUAUGGCCACAUAACUGCCGACAUGCUUGCUAAGGCAGUCUCCUCUCUCACCACAUCCCACCCUCCACUCUGCUACCUCUGUGGGCCGCCCAGGAUGUCAGAGGAUGUCAGCCGCCACUUGCAGGAUGCCGGGGUGCCUAGGGAGAGGAUCCUGUAUGAGAAGUGGUGGUGAUAGUGUGUGGGUGUGAUAGUUAUGGGGAUGUUAGGUGUCUCUGCGGGUAUGUGAUGGCAUGGUGGAUGGUGGGAGGGUCGUCUUGUGUAUCAUUGAUUUUUGUAUGAUUUGAUAUUAGUCUUGUGGUUUAGGUGUGUGUGUGUGUGUGUGUGUGUCAUGCCUUUCAUUUCCUUUUGUUAUUUUUAUUCUUGUUCAUUUUAUUCUUCCUCCUCCUCCUCCUCCUAGUCAGUUCUAGCUACCUACUUUCAUAUCAGGGGACUUAUUUUAAUUAUAUAUUUAUUUUAUUUUAUUUAUAUAUCUUUCAUUUCCCAAGUUUUCUCAUGUCCUGGCUAAUACUGAUAAUGAUGAUGAUAUAAUAAUGUAAGAAUCUUUAUUAUUAUUAUUAUUAUUAUUAUUAUUAUUAUUAUUAUUAUUAUUAUUAUGUACAGUAUGAUGGGUGAUGUAAAUAUUACUAAUUUAUUGAACAAAAAUAAUUAUUGUUGAAGGAAAAUC